ACAUUUUGUGCUGGGACUCUUAUCCCAUCUUUUUCAAACAUCUCUGGCUUCGCUCUAGCCUUGCUGACGCGCGACCCACGUGACUACACGACGAGGAAGUAGAGAGGCUGGUGUUUUAUCAAGUCAUAUCUCAGCUGUACAGUCACAGAUAUAACAUUGUUCUAUCUAUACAAAUCUUUGGCACGGUAGUGAGGGGCAUUCUGAGUCAUUUCGGUGAGCUCCCAACUGGAUCCUCGUUCAAAAUACUUUAAAACUCGAUCUAGAACCAAGGGAAAAUUGCAAAUCGCCGUUGUAAAGCGCAGGAAUUAGCUACCUUUAUGUCAGAUCGUGAAAUGCACGUUUAAAUACAUUUUUACCUGGAUAAAUUAUUCACCUACAAAAAUGAAUUUUCUUUAAACACACUGCAAAAAUGAGCGUGGACCAGAAUGACACGCUUUCUUGUUUCUGCAGUGAGGAUUCACCCUCUUUAGACAAUUAUUUUGUAACGUAUCUGCAGGUAAUCGUUUUGAGACAACAACAAAAAACUAGUACUUGUAUGUAAAUCAGGGGAAACUAAUGAACGGCAUUUUCACUCAUGCGAUUCGAUUCCCGACGUUCAUAAAACAAAACAAAAAGAGCAGCUAGGUCGGGAACGACCCAUCACAGUGAAAUGGCAACUUAUGAAAGCACUGAUAAUGAAGCAAAGGACACCACAUCUCCAAACGAGAAUGACAAAACUUGCUGUUUCUGUAAUAUUGCCAAGGAACAGUCGGGGUCUGACACAGAAAUGCAGCUUUUUUAUAAGAAGCCAAGUGUUUAUUAUUCUCAAAUGCGUAAGGAUGAUGAACUGGUCUGCUUUCGUGACCUGAAACCCGGGGCACGGCAUCAUUACCUGGUUGUACCUAGGACACACGUCGGGAACUGCAAAUCACUCCGGAAGGAGCACAUACCUUUGGUGGAGAAGAUGGAGGAAAUGGGAAGGAGUGUAUUGCAGAAGAAAAAGGUGACUGACCUGGAUGACAUAAGGAUGGGGUUCCACAUGCCCCCCUUCUCCUCUGUCCCUCACCUCCAUCUCCACGUCAUUGCUCCUGCCAGUCAGAUGAGCAUCAGGUCGCUCAGGCACUAUGGGCCACAAUCCUAUUGGUUCAUCACUGUAGACAAAGUGCUCCAGCAGUUAAGGACCCAGAACCAGGUCAAAUAAGAACACACCUGGUUUAGCAGGAAACAACAGGACUGGGCCACAACUCUUACAUGGCUGACUGCAUUUCCUCCCUAUACUUGACAUGCACUAAUCUGAAGGACUGGCCCGCAAAAAGAUUUGUUUGUUUUUGGUUA